UAUCAAGCACAGGCUUCACACUGGUCUGCUGGGCUCGCCCCUAUUCAAAUUCUUCUUGAGGGUAAAUGCAGGCACCUAAGCUGAAAUGGUUAAAAGUGGCUCACCAUACACUGUUCUGGGAUAGGGUUUCUUCUCGCUCAACACGCCUAAUCAAAGAGGGCAAGUUUUGCGGUAAGAUCUCUUAAAACCGAUCUAGAAAUUUCUUUGCUUUCCUCGAUUAUUUAUGAAGACUUUGAGAUUGUUCCGCGGACCCACUUUCAAAUAGAAAUAAAUUUGCCAAAAUAGGAAAAACCCUAGGCUUAAUUCUAGGCUUUCAGCGGAGAAAUGGAUGAAAAUGAAGCUGGCGAGCAGUUUCAUCGGAACGAAGCCAUCUCCGCUGUAGCUGACGAGGGUUUCCUUGGCGAAGAGGAAGAUGACUACGAAGAUCUGUAUAAUGAUGUCAAUAUUGGUGAGAACUUCCUCCAGUCGAUCAGAAAGAACGAGGAUAAUCUAGGUCAGGGAAAUGAGCAAUUAUCGGAGAACAAAGCCGAGCCGGUUCCUCCUCUGCGUCAAGCACCACAGCCGGUAGUGAGGAGUGCGGGUGGGGCUAUACAAGACGAGGGAGAGUCGGCAAGGGUUCCUGUUGGAGUAGAGGCUCAUCAGAAUAUAGGGUUUAGGGGAAAUGACAUCAGUAAUGAGAUUGGGGCUGGUAGAGGUUUCGGAGUGACGGCUAGAAAUGAAUCCGGGAUGCCAUGUGUUGGGGGGCUCAGGGUUGAGCUAAAGCAGUCAUCCAAUAAACCAGCCGAGUUCGUAGAGCAGACUGUGAAUAACAGUGCUCAAAAUAAUCCACCAAUGGUUCAGCAUCAGCAGCCACGUGCUGCUAAUAUCGGAGCUGCAGCAAGCCCAGCAAAUGUUGGAAUUGUGGCGAAUGUGACAGGGACCGGAGGUUACAUGCCUGGAAGUGGUGUUGGCAGCAUGACAGGUGGUGGUGGUGGAGGAACAAUUCUUUUUGUUGGUGAUUUGCAUUGGUGGACAACUGAUGCUGAGCUGGAGGAAGAGCUAAGCAAGUAUGGGCCAGUAAAGGAGGUAAAGUUUUUUGAUGAGAAAGCUAGUGGGAAGUCAAAAGGUUACUGUCAGGUGGAAUUUUUUAACCCUGAUAGUGCCACUGCCUGUAAAGAAGGAAUGAAUGGGCAUUUGUUUAAUGGACGGCCAUGUGUAGUUGCAUAUGCUUCGCCCUAUAGUAUUAAGAAAAUGGGUGAAGCUCAGUUGAAUAGAAACCAAAAUGCAGCCCAGCCAGCGGUUAAUCAACCGCGAAGGGGGCCUGGAGAUGUGCCUGGUAAACAUGGCGGAGGUGGCAACAUGGCUAUGAGUGGGAACUAUCAAGGCGGUGGUGAUGGUCACAGAGGUUUUGGGAGAGGGAGUUGGGGUAGAGGUAAUGGUCAAGGAGGUAUGGGAAAUAGGGGGCCUGUGGGUCCAAUGAGGAACAGGGGUGGUGGAAUAGGUGGUCGUGGUUUAAUGGGAAACGGUAAUGGAUUUGCGCAGGGGAUUGGUGCAACUCCUUCAUUAUUACAUCCUCAAACAAUGAUGGGUCAGGGAUUCGAUCCUGCUUUUGGAGCCCCCAUGGGGCGAAUGGGUAGUUAUGGAGGAUUUCCUGGUGCGCCUACCCCACCCUUUUCAGGAAUGUUAUCUUCAUUUGGACCUGUUGGAAAUGUUGGUUUGCCUGGUGUUGCUCCCCACGUGAAUCCAGCAUUUUUUGGGAGAGGGAUGCCCAUGAAUAGCAUGGGCAUGAUGCAUGCUCCUGGAUUUGAUGGGCCUAAUAUGGGCACGUGGUCAGAUCCUAACAUGGGUGGAUGGACAGGUGGGGAGCAUGGUGGGAGAGCAGGAGAGUCUAGUUAUGGAGAAGAAGCUGCAUCUGACCAUCAGUAUGGAGAAGGAAGUCAUGAUAAAGGGCCUUGGACAAAUGCUACGAAAGAGAAGGACAGAGGUUCAGAAAGGGAUAGGUCUGGCUCUUCAGACAGGAGGUAUCGAGAUGAUAGAGAACCAGGCCAUGACAGAGAUAUGCCUCGAGAAAAAGAUACGGGGCAUGAUCAUGAGUGGUCAGAAAGGAGGCAUCGCGAUGGCAGUGUUGGUGGACGAGACAGGGAGAGGGACCGGGACCGAGAUCCUGGUCAUUCCCGAGGCCGCGAGCGUGAUCGUGGGAGGGAACGUGACCAUGAUCGCCAUCGGGAUGACAGAGUUGGAUAUGCUGAUCAUCAUAGGUACAGGGACCGUGAGCCUGAAUACGAUGACGAAUGGGACAGGGUAAGAUCAUCCAGGACUCACGGAAAAUCAAGACAAUCACAUGAGGACGAGCAUAGGUCAAGAUCAAGGGAUGCUGAAUAUGGGAAGAGGCGACGCCUAACCUCUGAGUAAUUAGGUGUUCACUGCAUCUCUCAGUAUUGUAGUUCAGAAAGAAACUGAUUAGUCACUAGGUAAACUUUGGUAGACCAUGAUCAUUCAGAAUCUUUUACUAGCUGCUUUGUUGGAUGCCUGGCUUAGGUUGACAGUGAACAGUCAUGCUCUUCAACAACUUCCGUGGUUCCUAUGUUGUGAAAUCUUUGUUGGCUCCUUCUGAAGGAUUAUGGUUUUUAUCAGCACAUGAAUCAAAUGGAAGGAUACGAUUCUGAAGCUGUUCUGGAAGUCUGUAUGAAUGGCAAAGCUCUAGUCUGGAAGAUGAUAUGACAUGGUGAAACCUCUUAGCCAAGAUUGCAUUGUUAGUUGAACCUUUUAUUUGAGUAUUCGAACACUUCAUUUACCUUUUAUCAUAAUGUCACUUGAACAAUAUGAUGUUGUGGAUGAUAAUCAUGACUUGAAGUACUUUAGUGUUGAGAUCAGGAGGAUAAUUUACAAUGUUGCUAUUUGAAUGGAUUAGGAAUGAAGAUGCGGGAUGUUUAGUAUGUACCGCCUUUUCUGUUUGACUUUUUUUUGUAAUUUUACCUCCUCCUUUUGUUAGGCUUACUGUGUUAAACAUGCCAAUUUAUGUGAUGAUUAUGUAAUUUGCUAACUAUACAAUAACGUGGUUAAUUUAACCCACGAAUUGUAUGUCUAAAUCUCAUGUAUAUAUUUCAAACAGAUCAAUCUUUUUUCA